GUAAACAUCACUGCGAAUCCUCAAAAAUCCCUUUAAUUCUUCCUUUUUUAGACAUUUUCUUGCUCAAAUGAACCGUUUUGAGUACUUGCCAGCUCAACUGAAGGAAGGAGAAAUAUUUGUAGCACGAGACACAGUCGUGAGAAUUUACGAUGGGCACGAAAAAUGUGGCUUCGACGAAGGCGACAUAAUCCUUACGACGCAUCGCAUUAUUUGGGGAAAAGUACUCGAUAUCGCUCACGGCGUCAACACAAUUUCCCUACAGCAUCGCUACAUCAACUCAUUCGACGAAGAAACAGCAAGUUCCGGGUUUUUCGGCCGUAAAAAACGAAUUAUCAUCAAUUUACAUCCGCCGGCGAGCGAUAAAGUGCCGGGACCACGUGAUCACAGUUGUGCCUCUUUCAUCAAACUCUCCGGGAAAGAUGGGCUUGAUCCGAAUUUCGUGCAAUCCUUGUACGAGACUGUCAAUUCUCGCGUGUGGGAAGUUGUUGCGAUCGACGAAGUUAGUUACACGCCGAGCGAAGAGGCCCAAAGGGAAGGCGAACCUGUGCGACGGAUAAAAUUGCGCACGGGAAUUGUGGGCAUCGAACGUGGCUUGCAGGAAAAACAAAAACAACAAGAUCAAAACAUCUCGUUGGCAUUUCAGGACUUGAACAAACUCAUGACGAUGGCAAAAGACAUGGUUGGCAUCUCGAAAAUUAUCAGUGCGAAGAUCCGCGAGAAGCAAGGUGACAUUUCCGAAGACGAGACAAUUCGUUUUAAAUCUUAUUUGAUGAGUUUGGGCGUCGAUGAUCCCGUGACGCGAGAUUCGGUGCAAAGUGACUCGGAAUAUCUCAAGCGAUUGGCGCAACAAAUUUGCGAAAUGCUCCUGGAUCCGAUUACCGAAGCUGGCGGCAUGAUGUCGAUGGCAGAUGUGUAUUGUCGGGUGAAUCGAGCGCGUGGAUUGGAACUUUUGUCGCCCGAAGACUUGCUGAAUGCGUGUAAAAUUAUGUCGGGACCCGUGAAAUUGCGAACUUUUCCGAGUGGAUCGAUGGUUUUGCAGUUGGAUAGUCACGACGAUGAAUUAGUUGCCACAGAAACGAGAGACACGGUCGAGGAAAGGGAGUCAAUUAGUGUUGAGGAAUUGGCGAAACUCGUGAAAAUUUCAGUUAUUUUGGCGCAAGAGAGAUUACUCGCAGCUGAACGUGCGGGAUACGUUUGUCGCGACGAAUCAAUCGAAGGCUUAAGAUUUUAUCCUAAUUUAUUUCUCAAGAAUUCGAGUUAACUCAACUAUUUUAAUAAAAAAUAUUUAAACGAAAUUUUUUAAUUCUUU